AUGCAGGCGGGUGCAGGCAGGCGGUGGCCCGGCCAUGGUAGCCGGGGGUGGCCGCCCGGAGACGAGCUGAGCACGAGCUACCGCGUAUCUUGCGUGAUCCGGUUCCCCGCGCGAUGUGGCGUUUAUUCGAGUUUGCCCCGAGCACGUACGAGUAUGCUCGAUACGAAGUACUCAACAGCUGCAAACGCGGCGAUGCUGUCGAGUCUUAUCUGA